GCACUGAUAUUGUGAAGCAUUUCUCUUAUAUAACAACAUUUAUUCAUGCAAUUAUGUAAAUAUAAGAUUGUUGGUGCCCUGCUUUGUGCUGGGCAAGUCAGCAUUAAGUGAGUUGGAGACUGCCAAGUUUGGAAGACCAUACUGCAAUUGGCUGGGGGGAGGGGAGGGAGGAAGAAGGGGAGUGAGAAUGUUGGAGGGUAAGGCAAUGAUCCAGGACACAGACAUGCCUGUGAAGAUGCAGCUCCAGGCCAUGUCCUCUGCCUCUCAGGCUCUUGACCUCUUUGAUGUCCUAGACUGCAACAACAUGGCUUGCUACAUCAAGAAGGAGUUUGAUCUAAGGUAUGGGUUUGGAUGGCAAUGUGUGGUUGGCUCCAACUUUGGGUGCUGUUUCACUCACACAAAGGGCACCUUCAUUUACUUCUGCUUGGAGACACUCCACUUCCUCAUCUUCAAAUGUUCUGCUGCUUGAGCCACCUAUCAAAGAGUCAAAAUAGUUGGAAUCCAAUUGGGAUAAAAAUUGGAGAUAUCUGUGAUGUGGGGCCAGUCUCUUCUUCCUCUGGCUCACACCUCAGGCAAGGAUUUCAUGCUUUAGGUCAUCCAUACAUGUAACCAAGUUAAGGAGUACUAAAGUUUCUAUCAAAUUCAGAACC